AUGUUUGCUUUCCUUUUUCAAUCUCGCGGCAAAUUGUUGCAAGCCCAGAUCGCCUUGACUUGUUGUUCAGGAUUUUAUAUCUAUGGAUAUGACGCCGGUGUCUUUUCAGGAUCGCUGGUGUCUCCAUACUUCCUGAAGACGUUCCACCACCCAUCCGCCCUUAUGGUCGGCCUAGUCAGUUCUCUCUUCACGCUCGGAGGGGCCGUCGGGGCAGCGAUCUGUGUGGUGGUCGGUAACAGCCUCGGACGCAAGUUGACCAUCCAAAUGGGCUGCGUCUUCGCCAUCGUCGGUGCUCUGAUCGAGGGCUUAGCGAAGAACAUGAGUACAUUGAUUGCCGGCAGGCUCGUGAGUGGCAUUGGCCUCGGACAGAUUUCAUCCACCGUGGGAAUCUUACAAGCCGAAACCUCCUCUGCCCGUCAUCGGGGGAUGAUGAUUUCCAUGCAGAUGUUCUCUUCUGCCUCUGGCCUCUUCCUUGCGCAGUGGAUCAACUACGGUUUCGGCAAGAAUGGCGGAGCAAUCGCGUUCAUGUUUCCGUUGUUGUUCCAGAUCGUCGUCUUGACCUUUUCUUUCACCCUGGCGUUCACCAUCCCGGAAUCUCCUCGGUGGCUUGUCGCUACCGGCAGACUGGACGAGGCGGCCAGAGUCCUGGCUCGCCUGGGAACCAAGACGAGUAGACCCGAUGACACCGAUAUCCAAGAAGUACUCAUUACUAUGGAACAGGCCGUGAGACUGGAACAUAUUACCGGCCUCGGCUUUAUAAAAUCAAUAUUUCAUAGCGGCCCUACGCAGCUUAGGCUCCGUCUCUUCAUGAGUGUCGUCACCGGUAUCUGCUUGAUGCUUGCGGGACUUUCUGUAGUUACAUACUACGUGCCCAUUAUGCUCACCGAUUUUAUCGGCGUUUCUCGCUCUGAUUCUCUGUGGAUCGGGGGUCUUGUCAGUGUCGUGGCCAUUGUAUUUGCAAUCAUACCCAUCUUCAUCAUUGACCGCGUCGGCCGGCUGUUACUCAUGAAAAUCGGCUCCACCAUCCAGGGAAUUUGCUUCUUUGCAAUUGCGGGCCUCUAUGCUCAAUCUUCGACUCCAGACUUCCCGCAUAAAAGGCCUUAUGGUAUCGCCAUUGUCAGCUUUGUCUUCAUCUAUUUCGGUGCCUUUUGUGCGACCUGGAAUUCCGCUGCGUGGGUGUACGCUGCCGAGAUUCUUCCCAUCCAAGGGAGAUCGAUUGGCAUGGGCAUUUCAGUCAGUGAGUAUCUCCUCUGUAGCAUCUUGCACAGCUGA